AUGAGUCAUCGAUUUUUUGGAGUCUGUUUUGUCCUACAAUUAAUUAUUUGGGAAGUCUCGGGGACAUCUAUUUGGGUCGAUGGAGUCCUCAGAUGCCGGAAUCAAACAUUACACGGCUUGAAUAAAUUUGUGAGUUUCUUGGUUUUUAUGAGAGAAUAAACACAUUUAAUAAUUUUGUUUCAGAGAGUGGAAUUGUGGGAUGAGGAGAUGCACCAAUUGGAUGUAAAAAAUGCUUGGGAAGAGGGGGAAUUCUUUCUUGAUACUAGUCAAUCUGAUGUCUUUGGAGGUCGACCUUACAUCAAAAUGUAA